CUUUCCUUUAGUUGGUCCAGUGGCUUUGAUUAACACGAACGUUAGGAAAGUUAAAAAGAUUUGAUAUAAUUUGUAAUAAUGUGGCAUACAACUCAAGAUGGUAAAUACAGAGUUGAAUCUCUGUCGGCGACCACCUUCCCUGGAGUGGAAAAGUUAUUAACAGACCAUUUCUUUACCGAUGAGAACGUAUGUAUUGGAACAGAAGUAGACAAAAAUCCUUUAGCUGGGGAGGAGCAGUUAGAACUGAUUGCAGACGCGGCAUUAGACGGACUGUCAUUGGUGGCUGUUGAAAAUGAAACAGACGAAGUUGUUUCAGUAUUAAUCAAUAAAUUACAGGUGGCUCCGACAAAUUCUUCAGAAAAGAGCUUUUUUGAAGUAUUUGCAGAAGAGCGUUGCAAGCAACCGGAAUCGCGGGCCGUAGUGGACUUUAUGAUAGAUCUUGAUGCUAGGUGCAAUUAUUUCGAGAAGUAUGGUGUUGACUGCAGCAUCGAGUUAAUGUAUAUGGGAACCCAUCGGGAACACAGACGCAAAGGACUAGCCAAAUUGCUUGGUCAGACAACAUUGGAACUGGCAAAAAAAUACAGAGGAGGACCAUAUAAGAAAAUGACUGUAGAAGACUUGGGUCCAAAAUACGCUUUUAUAGCACCAAGAACACCAACCAGAAAGGACCCAAAAAUUUGCACAGGGUUGUGGUCAGCGCCCGGGUCUAAGAAAGUUGGUGAAGAUUUAGGAUUCGAAGUACUUCUUACGGUUUCUCUGAAGGAUUUCGUUUUCAAUGGUAAACCGUACACAGAUAGGAUUGGAGCUGAAGCUACUUGUGAAGGUGCUGCCAGAAGAAUUGAUUAAAAUAUUUUUGUAUUAUAUCAGUUUAGUAUUUUGUAAUAAAAUUGACUUUUUAUGUGGGA